AUGUUAUUUUUUCGUUUAUUUAUCGGUUUUCUUUGUAUAUCGUUGGGGAACUCUGUAACAAGAAUGGACCUUGAGAAUUUGCAGUCAGCAAUAUUCAAUUCCAGCACUUCACAAUAUCUAACAGAAGUAAGACCUGAAGCCCACACAGUGAUACGGGGGACACUGCAUCUACUGUCUAUAGCUGGACUUGAUGAAAUAACUGGGACUUUCUCCACCAUCAUCAGCCUCUCUUUGACAUGGAAUGACGAACGGCUAUCCUGGAAUCCCGCGUCACAUGCUCUUAUCAAAAACAUAACAGUUAAACACAACAAAAUCUGGACACCUUCAAUCAUUGCUAGAAAUCCUGUCAAAAAAAUCACAAAACUAGGCUUGCAAGAGAGCAGUGUUGUUUUAUAUAACGAAGGAACCGUUCUGUUAACAAUUGAUGACUAUUUGGAAACCGUGUGCAGUUUUGAUGUUACUCAUUUUCCAUUCGAUGUGCAAACUUGUAGCAUUAUUUUUAUGCCAUGGAUUUACAGAAGCCACGAAGUUGAUUUUCAACAAACACAAGAUGAUGUUGAAUUGUCAUUUUACUCCGAAAACGGUAUGUGGGAGAUCCUUGGAUCAGAGACAACGGUGGAGUAUUUCACGAAACAUUCCAACAAGUAUGCUUCUUUAAAAUAUUCCUUCAAAGUGAAACGACAUCCCGGAUAUUUCAUAUUGGGUAUUUAUGUGCCUGUUCUUAUGUUGAUGUUAUUGAAUUCAGCUGUUUUUAUUUUGCCGACAGAAAGCGGUGAGCGUGUUGGUUACGCCAUUACGUGUUUACUGUCUCUAGCUGUCUUUCUGACAUUAACCUCAGAUGUGUUACCCAAAACAUCGAAACCCCUCUCUAUUUUGUCGUGCUUUCUUAUGCUCUUGGUGCUCACCUCAGCUCUUAUCUGUCUCAUGACAAUAGUAAGUCUAUGGCUCUGUCACAAAGACGAAAAUUCACCCAUGCCUUUAUGUCUUAAAAGAAUCACCCAUUUUCUGUUGUGUCGGGGCCAGAAAACUAAGAAUGUUGAUAUGCAAGUAAAUGAAAAGGAUUCCAUGACAGAGUCGGUGAGGAAUUCCGAGGAAAUGAGAAAUAUGGUAAACAAGACUCAACAGAAUGGGAAGAAUGCAUCACUGAAGUUAACAAGUACCCGGAUAAUAAGAGUUAAGAGUCUCGAGAAGGGGCUAAUAGAAAAUAAAAGUGAGAAAAACAUAUACAGCAAUAUUGGCUGGAAACAGUUUUCAGAAGUAUUUAACUUGAUUUGCUUUAUCUUGACAAUCUCAAUUACGGGUACCCUGGGGUUUCUUUACGUUACCGUGGCUGGAGCAAAUCUUUAGGAUUAAGAUUAUCUCACCCAAUUGCGUAAGUAAUUAUAACCUUUGACAAUGUAAUUACAUUCUAUUGUUAUGGUCACGGUGAGCUUUAAACAUUGACACUUUCAAGCCCAGGCUGGACACGGUUUUAGGGAUUAACAGAUUUUAUGCGGUGUAGAUGUAUUAUCGUAUAAAUACACAGAACAAUGGAUCAAUGAGUUAUGAACAUGUUGUAAUAUAAUCGAGAAAACAAGAAAUGUUUGAAAUGUGAUACUUGGGGUAGAGAAACUUAAAAGUUAACUGACAUGUAAGAUACAAUUAUUUGCCAUAGUACCAUGAAUAUUGUACAGUUUUAGGACCCUACAGAAAGGAACCUUUGAACAGAAUGCUUUAAAAAAAACCUUUGUAUACAUGUACGUAUGCAUGUAUAUGUGGGUUUUUGUUUUGAUUAAUUAAAGAUUAUCGUUGAUACUACUUAAUAUAUACUUUAGUUUUUAGCAGCGGGCG